AUGUUUGCCAAGCAGUUCCGCAAGCAUGGACAGGUGCAGCUGAGCCGUUACUUGCGUCCAUUCCACUCGGGCGAUAUUGUGGACAUUGUGGCCGACUCUGGUGAGCAAAAGGGUAUGCCACACAAGUAUUACCAAGGCCGCACGGGCGUGGUGUACAGUGUGUUCCCACGUGCUGUUGGUGUCAUUGUGCACAAGACGGUCGGAAACCGUAAGAUUGAGAAGCGUGUGAGUGUGCGGGUUGAGCACGUUCGCCACUCGAAGUGCCGUGACAACUUUGUGAACCGUGUCAAGGCGAACGCUGCUGCUAAGCAUGCGGCGAAGGAGAAGGGCGAGCACGUUUUCUUGAAGCGCCAGCCAGCUCAGCCACGAGCUGAACACACCAUCACAGUGGGUGAGAACAAGCCAGUGACGCUUGCCCCGCAGCCAUACGACACGUACAUUUAA